UAAUAUCUUAAUCCCCACAGCUACAUUAGUACCAGUUGAAAUAUCAAAAAUGACUAAAAUCUUGUGACAUUUAGCAACAUCAUUUUUAAUUGCAUAUUAAUUCAUGAUUUAAUUAGCACGUGCAGCUAAGAUUGUUGGCAUGCAUAACAAUUAACUGGCGGUACAGCUUGUAUUUGACCUCCUAUUCACAUCAGUAACAAACAUACCUAUAAAUAAGCUCUCGGGUGGUAUCUUAAACGCACACUUCCAAAGAUAUCGACUGGAGUUUUGCACAUCAUAAGUGACAACAUGAUGAAGAUUGUUACUGUGUGUGCACUAUUGGCAGGGAUUCUGUUCAUCGGAGUUCAGAGUCUAUCCUACUUAGAAGCUCACAACACAUAUCGGAAUAUAGAGGGGGUUCCACCAAUGACAUAUGACACCGCUAUUGCAACGAAAGCGGCUGAACAUGCCGAGAAAUGUUUGUGGGAGCAUAGCAGCUAUACGUUCAGAUCAAACACUGCGGGUUACAAUUACCUCGGAGAAAAUUUAUACAUUAAAUGGGGUGUAGGGUCCUCAGUAACAGCAGAUGAUGUAGUGGCCAGCUGGUACAAUGAAAAGGUUGAUUAUAACCCCGAUGACCUUUCCUGCACGACCGGUAAAAUGUGUGGUCAUUACACCCAGGUACUUACGUAA